CCCUUCCGGAAACCGCCGAAGUCGGCACCGGCACGGCCCGAACCCUUCCGCAAAUUGCCGAAGCCGGCGCCGGCGCAACCCGAGCCUUUCCGGAAAGCGCCGAAGCCGCACCUGGCGCAGCCCGAGCCCUUCCGGAAGUUGCCGAAGCCUCAACCGGCGCAGCCCGAGCGCUUCCGGAAGUACCCGAAGCGGCAGCCGGAGCCUGGCGGAUCCCCUGCCGGCCGGCCCAGCGAGCUUGCGCACAGGAGAGCAGCUGCCGGUUGGUGCCCGGCGCUCCGCAGUGGGAGAGAAGGCGGGCGAGGAGACGGGUGCUGCUGCUGCUGCUGUAGUCACAGACCGGUGCGGGGAGCGAUAAGCGCAGCCAUGUCCGUGGUCGGCAUUGACCUCGGCUUCCUCAACUGCUACAUCGGCGUGGCGCGGAGCGGCGGCAUCGAGACCAUCGCCAAUGAGUACAGCGACCGCUGCACCCCAGCAUGUAUAUCUUUAGGAUCCAAGACCCGGGCCAUUGGGAAUGCAGCAAAGAGCCAGAUUGUCACAAAUGUAAAAAAUACGUUACAUGGCUUCAAAAAACUGCAUGGAAGAGCAUUUGAAGACCCUUACAUACAAACUGAAAGGGCCAAACUUCCCUAUGAACUUCAGAAAAUGCCCAACGGCUCUGUAGGAGUAAAGGUGAGGUACCUAGAUGAGGAGAGACUGUUUGCAGUGGAACAGAUCACGGGGAUGUUAUUGGCCAAACUUAAAGAGACUUCAGAAAGUGCUUUGAAGAAACCAGUGGCGGACUGUGUGAUUUCAGUACCCAGUUUCUUCACUGAUGCUGAGAGAAGGUCUGUAAUGGCAGCUGCACAGAUUGCAGGAUUAAAUUGUCUGAAGCUGAUGAAUGAAACUACAGCAGUUGCACUGGCCUAUGGAAUAUACAAGCAAGAUCUGCCAGCCUUGGAAGAGAAGCCAAGAAACGUGGUCUUUGUAGAUAUGGGGCAUUCUGCGUAUCAGGUUUCGAUCUGUGCUUUUAACAAGGGAAAACUGAAGGUCUUGGCUACUACCUUUGACCCCUUCUUAGGUGGCAGGAAUUUUGAUGAGGCUUUAGUUGACUACUUCUCUGAGGAAUUUAGGACAAAAUACAAACUGAAUGUAAAAGAGAAUCCCCGAGCGCUGCUACGAUUGUAUCAGGAAUGUGAAAAACUGAAAAAGCUUAUGAGUGCAAAUGCCUCUGACCUUCCACUCAAUAUUGAGUGCUUCAUGAAUGACCUUGAUGUCUCCAGUAAGAUGAACAGAGCUCAGUUUGAGCAGUUGUGUGCUGCCCUUCUGUCCAGAGUGGAACCUCCUUUGAGAGCAGCCAUGGAUCAGGCUAAACUUCAGCGUGAAGAUAUCUACAGUAUAGAAAUAGUAGGUGGGGCUACCAGAAUUCCAGCAGUGAAGGAACAGAUCUCUAACUUUUUCUGUAAAGAGAUAAGCACCACGCUAAAUGCUGACGAAGCUGUUGCAAGAGGCUGUGCCUUGCAGUGUGCAAUUCUUUCCCCAGCUUUUAAAGUGCGUGAAUUUUCCAUCACAGAUGUUGUUCCUUAUUCUAUAACGUUACGAUGGAAAUCUUCUUAUGAAGAAGGAACUGGGGAGUGUGAAGUCUUCAGUAAGAACCAUGCUGCUCCGUUCUCAAAAGUAAUUACUUUUCACAAGAAAGAGCCUUUUGACCUGGAAGCUUACUAUACCCAUCCGCAUGAAGUGCCUUAUCCUGAUUCCAGAAUAGGGCGUUUCACUAUUCAAAAUGUUGGUCCCCAACACGAUGGCGAAAAUUCCAAAGUGAAGGUUAAAGUGCGCGUCAACAUUCAUGGCCUUUUCAGCGUGGCGAACGCUUCUAUAAUAGAGAAGCAGAACGUCGAGGGAGAUAACAAUGACACACCCAUGGACACCGAAUCCUCAAGUAAGAACCAAGGCAGAGAUGAUGAGCUGCAGUCACCUUUCCUUAUUGAGGAUGGUACCCUCGACUCUGAGGAGGAGGAUAAAAUGCAGGUUGAUCAAGAUGAAGGUAUUCAGAAAAGUCAAGCUGAACAACAGAACCAAGCAGAUGAGGAAACUGAAAAUUCAGGAACCGAAGCAAAAGCUGCUUCUGCAGACAAACAAGAUCAUCCAGCCCAGCCAAAGGCUAAAGCAAAAGUGAAGAGCAUUGACCUACCUAUACAGGCCACCCUCUACAGGCAACUGGGACAAGAUCUGGUCAAUUGCUAUAUAGAAAAUGAGGGGAAGAUGACAAUGCAAGACAAGCUUGAGAAAGAAAGAAAUGAUGCGAAGAAUGCUGUUGAAGAAUAUGUGUACGACUUCAGAGAUAAACUGUGCGGAGUCUUUGAGAAAUUCAUCACUGGAGAAGAUUCAAACAAGCUGACCUUGAUGCUGGAGGACACAGAAAACUGGCUUUAUGAAGAUGGAGAGGACCAGCCAAAACAAGUGUACAUGGAUAAGCUUCAAGAAUUAAGAAAAUUUGGACAGCCUAUUCAGGAGAGAUACAUGGAACAUGAAGAGAGACCAAAAGUUUUAAAUGAACUGGGAAAGAAGAUUCAGCUCCUUAUGAAAGCAGUAGAAGCCUACAAGAAUAAGGAUGAAAAAUACGAUCACCUAGAUCCUGCUGAGAUGGAAAAAGUUGAAAAAUACAUUAAUGAGGCUAUGAAUUGGCUGAACAGCAAGAUGAAUGCCCAGAACAAGCUCAGUCUAACUCAGGAUCCAGUUGUCAAAGUGGCAGAAAUACUGGCAAAAUCUAAGGAGUUGGAUAGCUUCUGUAAUCCCAUCAUAUACAAGCCCAAGCCGAAGAUCGAACCUCCCAACGAUGGGCAGUCAAAAGCUAAUGGGGAACACAAUGGACCAGUGAACGGACAGAGCGGAACGGAAACAAAACCAGAACCAGCGAAGGACAAUUUUCAGCAGACCAAACCUUCUGGAGAAAUGGAAGUGGACUAAAUCUUGCGUUUCUUUUACUUCAUUAAAAUAGUGCAAGUAACCACGGGGUCCAUUCUUUUUGUCUGGUACAAACCUCUGAUGUUCAGUUAUUCUUAGCCAACCUUCUGUCAUUGUUGCUGAGUAGUUUUGAAAGUGUUUUAUAUCAAGUACACCUCUGUUCAUUUCCACUGAUGCUGCUUAUGUGGAGCUUUAGCCAAAUGUAGAUUGUAUAAGUCAGUUUAAGCUUUCCCAAUAUAUUUUAUAUCAAACGUACAGAAUUGAUAUAUAAAUGGCAACAAUCUACCUUAUUUAAAGCUUUUAUUGUGGAUAAACCUCAGCUCCUUUAUUCAGGAAAGGAUACUGUAUUGCACUACUGAUGCUCAAGUGUAGAUCUAAUUGCAUCUUUAUUUUGGAAAAAUAUUGGAAUUGAAGUGGCAAAACUUGUCACUUGAAGCACUGACCUUUUCUAGUUAUUGUAUUAUUAUAAUUUAAAUAUUAAAAUAGAGGUUAGUCAGCAUAUUAGUCCAUCUUGUUGAUGUACCAUGAGAAUUGUACGAUCUUUUUCAUAUAAACUGAAUAAUACAAGCUUAAACAUUUUUUAGAUUCCCAUACUACUAACAACCUUAGUUACAAACUGGUGUCAAAAUGGCUCUGUCAUGUGCUGAGCUGCAGUGAAUGGUCUCAGUGCACAUCGCUGUACAUAACGUACUGUGCUUACGGUAAGGUGAUGAUAACGAUUAUAGUAUGAAGGGGUAGAUAUACAAGGACUGUUGCAUAGCUUUCCCUUGAAGAUGUCUUGUUGCACAUGUUACUGUUUCCAAUUCUUCUGUUUUGAAUGUGCUGGGGAGGAGAAACAGCAGAAAUGGUGCUGUGCGAGCUGGGUGUUAGCCCCGAUUUUGAGGUUGUCUAAAUGUUCCUUGUUGCAAACUUGGAAAGAAAUGCUGAGGGCUUAUUUAAGCCUCUGUAGGCAGCACACAAACCUUGUGGUCAAGGUUUUAAAUGAGAGAGCUUACAAACUGGAUGUUACUACCCCAAAGAUGGAAUCUACUUGAUGAACUUGCAUAGCUUACCAUCUAUCCUUGGUCAUUUACUUGAGCCGGUGAAUGCAUCUGUUGCACAGUUGAGUCACUGUUUUCUUUGAUGCAUCUUGGACGUUGUCAGGGUCCAGUGGACAUUCAUAUGUUCUGAACACUUCUGUCAGCCAUGGAGGUACUACAGCACAUCCCAGGCCAGGUCACUGUUCUUCUGACUUUCAGCGACUCUUCUGUUGCCAGAACAGGAAUGAGCUGCUUUAUGAAAAGUGGGUUCUUAGUCAAGUCAGCAUUGGAGACUGAGAUCCACUGCAGUGUUAAUACGGUAUAGACUUGAACCCCGUUGCAGAGAUUCAUUCAGAUGCCGAGGUGUUAAUCGACAUUCCCGCAGCAGUUCUGUACCAGCUUGGUGCUGUUGUGAACAAGGGAAGGGCCACACUCUUGUUUCAGGCUGUGGCAGCCAUUUUAUCUCCAGCCAUGCCCUUCAUGCUCUAUUCUACAAAGAGUGUUCCAUGAGCCAAACUAGAGUUGAUAGAAGUGAAUUAUUCUCUUGUGUAUCUUUAACAGGAAAAAAAGAGAGCACCAUUUACAGCUGUAUAUAAUCCUGGGCUAGAACUGUACCUUCGUGACUGACAGCAAGUGACUGAGACACAUGUACUUUGCUCUGCUGUUCCUCCUCUACGCAGCCACUUGUGGACCAUCUGGCACCUCGAGUUUACAUAUUUAAAGCCCUUGAACAAAACCUGAGUGACCUUGAAGAGAGCUGCAGCUACUCUGCAACCUCAGUCUUGAAUUCUGCCACUGUGGUCACGCCUGUCUGGCACCAAGGGGGCAACCGUACCUCCAUGUCGGUUGUUUCAAGUUUGAGUUAAUACCCGGCUGAGCUUGCUUUGGUCCUGUAGGCUUUAACAUCAUGGAUAUCGUAACGGCUUUACCACAGCAGUGUAAUGAGGCGCUUUCUUAAGUAUCUGGCUUCCAAAAAUCCACCCACACGUUCAUUUGUCCAGUAGACUUCCUAAUACCUGGCAGAAGAGCUCCAACACAGGAAAGCUCUCCAGUAGCUAAAAGGCCAUGUGUAAGAACAGCAAAUCUUCUGCCCAUGGCCAUCAGGUGUUUAAUAUUCCAUUACAAAUGCCUGAGGCAACUCUUAUGCAUAAAGGCUGGACUAAUUCUACAGCUGCUUAAUGUCGCAAGCUUAAGCGCAGAUCUGGUUAAGACAAGCAAUUGUAGUAAGGUUUUCUUACUAGAAUAGGUGUGUUUUGCUGUGCAUCUGUUCUGUCUCUAGAUCCCUGCUGGAGAGGAAUGCUACCCACAGGCUGUUGAUGGCAGCUGGUUGCUGACGUACAUGUUAAGAAUCCCAUUUGGAAGGGCAAAAUUGUUCUUUGUGAACAGCUGCCUUGUUAAUAUGGAAUCUGUUUUCUGUUACAAAGAGGAAGCGUUACCAGGAUGCAGAGGUAAGGUUCUUGAGGAUGUAUCUAACCUAUGCACAACGUGAAGAUGAGGUUUUGUGCAUCAGACUGGGCGAGUCUGCCCUGACAGCACCAGGAUGAGCGUGCUGGAACGCAGAAGAAUCUGUUUUGUUAGGGAACCAGCAGCAGUAUCGCUGCUCUGCAUCUUGUGUAUCUUAAAAAGAGGUGUUUGUUGCCGAUGUCUUAUUUGAGACUUUCUGUUGAGGGCAAGAUACAUUUCUAAUGUUUGAAAGUGUUCUCUCCAUCCCACAAAAAUAAAGAAUGGGAGGCAAAACUCUCUUUGUAAAGGCAGUGGAGUUUUGUUUUCUGAAAAAAAAAAAAAAGAAAAGGAAAGGUUGUUAAUAACAGUCUGCAGCUUCACAUGAAAGUUUAGUUACAAAACAGCAUAAACGCUUUGUUUUCCCAGUAACAACUUCUCUCCUAGACCGAGGACUGAUUCUCUCCUGCCCUGACCAUUAAUGGGUUUGCUCAAUAAUGGCUUUAGAAUUAAUUUGCCUUCCCAAGCACGGCUGCUCCUGGGUGUUCUACAUCCGAUUCAUGGCUUUCUUGCCACAUCUACAGCAUUUUAAACUUCAGGAUUUUCUUUGAAUUUCAUUUAGCUGUAACGUAAAUGGAUUUUUGACAGUCCCUCCAAGUUAAACUUUUACCCUUCUUUCUUGAAGCUGACCUGGGUGCUUUGUGAUAAAGUGACCCAGCACGGCUCCCUGCCCCCUUCGGGCUGCACUGGAAUGUGGGGCUGAAUGUGAAUGAGGAAUUCUCUCCCUCUUUCCUUCAGACGGUGACCUCCUGUCUCUCAAAUCCGGCCUUGGGGCACGCUUGAGAGCCGGCUGCCUCCUCCGGGCCGUUGGGGUGAAGCCCUGAGCCUCUCCUACCUUUGGGUUUCACCGGAGGAGCAGGAAGGUGCCCUUGUCCCUGGGUGGGGAUGGCCACUUGUGCAGGACUCCAGUGACAGCGUGGGCAGGCGAGGGAGCCCUGGAGGUUCUGGUUCUCUUCUUUCGGAGUGAAGGCUGUUCAUCUAAAGCAUCCAGGCUGUCUGAUGAGGGGAUUCCUUCCUAUCUUCAGCGUUUGAAAUUAUUGUGGUUUUGAAACAUUGCAGAGCGCUGAACUCCAAGCUCUGCUGUAGCCUCACUGUUCAUCUCUGCUCUCAAACGCACUAUUUCAGUGGGGUUUUUUUCCCUGUAAGAAUUAACAGGAACCAUGCAGGGAGCUGGCAAAAAUGCUUACUUCCUAAGUAUUUUUGGCCUUAGUGUGGGGAUCUUUACAGCCUUAACAAACCUUGGGAUCUGGUUGCCCAUGCCUUUCCGUUGACCAGCACUGGCUUUCAAAAAGGUGAAGCCACUUUCCAGCUCUGCUGUGUUCACUGGUGCUCAGCACCUCACCAGCUGCUGCAGGAAAGGGAAGCUGAAUUCCAUUGUCAUAAAUCAGUGUCCUCAUGAACAUCCUUCCUUAAAACAGGGCUUUUAUUUGUGUUGCCACCCUGUAAUACUUCAAAACGCCGACAUCUGUGAGCCCUUCUAAGUGGAAGCCUGGAAGCUGAUCCAGUUGUGGAUGAGUAUGAAUCUAAGGGCGCUUCCCUUACCACGAGCUGAGUUGUCCUUAACUGGAUGGCUAUUACAUUGCCUUUUACACAUUUUUUGUUAUGCUAAGUUUGUCAGCCCUUCAGGCACCAGCAAGAGAGCAGCUCUGUGUCAAAAGAGGUAGUAAAAAACCGUGUUGCUUAACAAAAAAGGCAGUUAAUGCUCCAGAAAUUUCCAUUUCAACUCCCAAGAUAACAUUUGGAGUAUGAUACGAACUACAGAAAGUGUAGGGUGGCUGACUCUUAGCUGAAUUCUUAAUUUCUCCACAGUUGAAAUUUGAAAACUUCAGCCACUUAUUACACAUGUAAAUAACAGUGAGAACAACUGAAUGUGAGCACUGGGAAUGCUAAACCAGGAAUGUGCUGGUGCGACUUCCCUGGUGCAAUUAUUAAACCCCAGGUUCCAUCUUCCUGACUGGAAGGAAAUACAUGAAGCAAUGAAAAGCAGGAAUUGCUGCAAUGUGAGCGAUAAAUCAUUUUAAACAAAUGCGCAGUUAAGAGCUAUGCCCACUGGCCACCACUACAAAGUGCUGGAAUGGUUUAAUUUAAUUAAUUUAAGAAGGUGGCAGUCCCUGGAAGUUACAUAGUUGGAAAAGUUUGUCUAAACAUAGAUGGGGGAGGGAAAAGGUGGGAGUGCUAGACUUCGAAGCAGUGAUUUAAGUAUGCAAAAUGUUUAUUAUGUCUGUAAAUGGGAUCCUUAGUGGCAGAUCACGUGCACAUUGACAAUACUUCGGUUUAUUUUUGAAUGGCAAUAGAGAUUGUCAAGGUUGUGUAUAAUGACAAUAAAUAUAUAA